ACACGAUGUGAGCGCCAUGAGAGGACUGUGACCCCGCGGACUGGAGCCCUGAUGGGGGCUGGAGGAGCCACAAGCAAGGCCCAGUUGCAGCGAGCCCCCCCCCCGUCAAAGUCCGGCGCCGAGGCCGACCCACCGGACCCGUCUCCGCGCCCACCGGCCAUCAUCGUCACGGCGCCGUCGCAAGAGGACCUCUACGCCUCGCCGCCCACCGUGACCAUCGCCAACACCGCCAAGGAGCGGCGGCCGUCCUCCACGCCCUUCGCGGUGGGCAGGAGCCCGGUGGGCCGAGAGUGACCCGGCACGGCACAUCGAAGGACUCGAAUGCCCCCCCAGUGACGUCAGACCCUGACGGUUCAAACUCCGGGAAAGCUCUUGGUUGUCCAACCGGUGGCCGACAGCAGAACAAUGGCGGCGCCCGCGUCCUGAAGCGAGCGGCGGCCGUCCGGAGAUACCCGAGUCCUCUGAGGGGGGAACAGCCACCGCAAGCGGAACAAUGGACCCCGGAGGAGAUGACGAGCCGGAGCCCAUACGGCUGAAGUCGAUCAAGAACAAUCAAACAUUCACAGUGCCUCAAAGUGAUCGGUUCGGGAGCUGCAGAAGUGUCAGAGAGUUUGAGAAGUUCAACCGCAUCGGAGAAGGCACCUACGGCAUCGUGUACCGAGCCCGCGACACCAAGUCGGACGAGAUCGUGGCGCUGAAGAAGGUCCGGAUGGACAAGGAGAAAGACGGGAUCCCCAUCAGCAGCCUGAGGGAGAUCAACCUGCUGCUGAGGCUCCGGCACCCCAACAUCGUGGAGCUGAAGGAGGUGGUGGUGGGCAGCCACCUGGAGAGUCUGUUUCUGGUGAUGAGCUACUGUGAGCAGGACCUGGCCAGCCUGCUGGAGAACAUGCAGACGCCGUUCUCCGAGGCGCAGGUGAAGUGCAUCGUCCUCCAGCUGCUGCGAGGCCUCGAGUACCUCCACCACAACUUCAUCAUCCACAGGGACCUGAAGGUUUCUAAUCUGCUGAUGACGGAUAAAGGCUGCGUGAAGAUCGCUGACUUUGGCUUGGCCCGCAUGUACGGCAUCCCCCAGCAGCCCAUGACGCCCAGAGUGGUCACCCUGUGGUACAGAGCUCCAGAGCUCCUCCUAGGGACCAAGAGCCAGACUACAGCUCUGGACAUGUGGGCGGUGGGCUGCAUCCUGGCCGAGCUGCUGGCCCACAAGCCUCUGCUGCCCGGAGCCUCUGAGCUGCAGCAGCUGGACCUGAUCGUGCAGCUGCUGGGGACGCCCAACGAGAACAUCUGGCCGGGUUUCUCCCAGCUGCCCCUCAUCAGUCAGUACAGUCUGAGGAAGCAGCCGUACAACAACCUGAAGAACAAGUUCACCUGGCUCUCUGAGGCCGGACACCGGCUGCUCAACCAGCUCUUCAUGUACAACCCCCAGCGCAGAGCGACUGCCAAAGAUUCUUUGGAGAAUUCCUACUUCAAAGAGAAACCUCUCCCCUGUGAACCCGACCUGAUGCCGACCUUCCCCCACCACCGCAACAAGCGCGCCGGCCCGUCGGCGGACGGCCAGCCCAAGAGGAUCAAAGUGUGACGAGACGCCGUUCUCGGGGACGGACAUUUUGGCUCCGCUCGCGAGGGCCAGGAGGACUCCGAUGAGACGCAGAGCCAGUGGUUCAUGACGGUUGAUGGAUUUCUGAAUUUCGAGACGAGGACGACGUUGCCCUGACGACCACGACGAGCUGUUGGUCCCUUUGUGAGUGUUUGUCAUGUUUGAGACGUCUCUUCUAUUCCCAGCAUCAAAACCACGACGGGCAGGAAGCGGAUGGACUUGGUGGUCUCUGCACACGGCCCCAUCGGCCCGCGUGACUCAGUCGCUCCUGCCUCUGAGGCCGCCUUGUUGAGGUUUGAGUGUGUCCCAAGUGUCCUUGAGGCGACCUCAACCUGCUGGCCGAGGUAGUCCGUAGAGGAAAAGUCUGACUUGUUUUCCAGAAAUGUUUAUUCGCUUUUUAUUGAAUUAAAAAAAAGAGUUGCAUGAGAA